GUGUCCUAAACCCAAAACAAAAAAUAUUAAAAUUUACAUAAUUCCUUAAUGUAUAAAUAGGUUACAUAUUUCAUCAACCAAAUACAAAUCAUAAUUAGCAACUCUUAUCAACAUUAAGAGUUUCUACUAAUUAAAAUUAAUUAACAUGGCUAGUGUUACACAUUCCAUGGUGACAUUCUUUGUAUUGAUAUGUUUUAUUGGUAUAGUCUCAUCUUCAAGUGUAAUUCCUUCAGCAACUACUUUUGUGUCUUCUAAUUUACAAAAUCAGUUGAGCAACAUUUUUUAUAAUGCAAAGUGUCCUCAAGCUCUGCCUAUCAUUAAGGCAUACAUAACCACGGCAGUAUUGAAUGAUCGUCGCUUGGGUGCAUCAUUGCUCCGUCUUCAUUUUCAUGAUUGCUUUGUUCAAGGGUGUGAUGCAUCAGUAUUGUUAAAGGACACACCAACGUUCAAGGGAGAACAAAAUGCCUUGCCAAAUGCCAAUUCUCUAAGGGGUUUUGACAUCAUAGACAGAGUAAAAGCUAUAUUAGAGACAACGUGCCCCAAUGUUUUUUCUUGUGCAGAUAUCUUAGCCGUUGCAGCCAGAGACUCUGUUGUUGCUCUUGGUGGACCUACUUGGAUAGUUAGUUUGGGUAGAAGAGACUCAACAACCGCAGAUUUUAAGGCUGCUAAUUCUGAUUUACCAUCUCCAUUUCUUGAUCUUGCUGCCCUUAUUAGUGCUUUCAAGAAAAAGGGUUUCUCAGCUGAUGAAAUGGUUGCUUUGUCAGGUGCUCACACAAUAGGAAAAGCAAGAUGCUUCUUAUUCCGAAACAGGAUUUACAACGAAAGCAACAUAGAACCUAACUAUGCGAAAACAUUGCAACAGUUCGUACCAUGUCCAAAGAGUGGUGGCGAUAACAACUUAGCUCCUUUCGACAUUACAACUUCAACCUUCUUUGACAACGCUUAUUACAAAAAUUUAUUGAACAAAAAGGGUCUUGUGCAUUCCGAUCAACAACUCUACAAUGGUGGUUCUACUGAUUACAAAGUUGUAGCAUAUGCCAAUAAUCCAUUACUCUUCCGUUUGGAUUUCGCUAGCGCGAUGAUUAAGAUGGGAAAUCUCAGUCCUUUAACUGGAAACAAGGGUCAGAUCAGAAAAUAUUGCAGCAGAGUGAAUUAAGUAUGAAUUUGGUUCUCUCUGACUAAUAAUAUCAUUAUUGUCUCGAAGAUUUUUUGUUUUGAUGUCUGCAGUAACUAUCAAAUGAUUCUUUUAUGAUUUUUUUUUAAUUUUUUUUAUAAAAAUGGUGCAAUACACAAGAACCUUUUAAGAUGUCAAACAUCUUAAUAGUACUCUUGUCUAAGCACACUGUCGACUUCUUAUUCUUAAGUAUUAAGUGUUGGCUAUGCUAUGUUUCUUUGAUGGUUUUUAUUGUUUGAUAAAUGUCCAAUGUAUUUUUUUUUUCUUUUGGUGUUUGAAAUGCAUGGAAUUUUUUAUUAUAUUGUAUUCAAUUGGUAACAUACAUUACCACAUUUCUAUUUAAUUAUUGAUUGUUU